AAAGUAUGCUAAGCUAACGCAGCUCAGUGUGAAAUGUAGUAAACUUGCACGGUUGUACAUACAUUACUAAGGAAUGAUGUUAUUUUCGAAAGAAACACCAUGGAGGCGACUGGAAGGCAUGACGUUUGGCAUGUUCUCGCCCGAAGAGAUAAGAAAAUUGAGCAUCAAAGGUAUCACCAAUCCUCUGCUCCUGGACAACGUUGGUAAUGCGGCUCCUAACGGACUCUACGAUCUGUCCCUGGGUCCAGCAGACCUGAAAGAAAUCUGCACAACAUGCAUGCAAGACUUCAACACUUGCCCCGGACACUUUGGUCACAUUGAUCUGCACCUGCCAGUCUACAACCCUUUUCUGUUUGAUAAACUGUACAUGCUUAUCCGGGGUUCCUGCCUGUCGUGCCACACGCUGACGUGUCCAAGGGCCGCCAUUCACCUGCUUGUCUGCCAGCUGAAAUUAUUAGACGUAGGAGCGAUGAAAGAAGUCUGUGAACUUCAGGUUGUUCUUAAUCAGUUUUUAGACGACUGUCCUCAGGCGUCAGGAACAGAAAUCCAAGAAGCUUUGGAGGAAUUUUGUUCUCCUAUCAUCAAAGCCAACCAAGCCAAUCAGGGCUGUGCACCAAUUAAAAAUAUUUGCGAGAUGAAAAGCAGCCUCAUCGGUGAAUUCUGGAGGGUCCACAUGGGGUCAAGAAAAUGUCCCAACUGCAAGGCGAGCAAAUCACAAGUACGCCGAGAGCACAACAGCAAACUAAUCGUCACACGCGCCAAACCCAAAGAUGGUGCAGAGGAGAAAGAAGAUGACGUUUACAUGGGAAAACGAGGUUAUCUAACUCCAAGUCUGGGUCGAGAUCAUAUCAUUAAGCUUUGGGAGAAAGAAGGUUUCUUUUUAAAGCACUUGUUCUCAGGCCUGGCGGUGAACUGUCCCAAAGGUUUCAGUCCGGACAUGUUCUUUUUAGAAAUACUAAUGGUGCCUCCUUGCAGGUAUAGGCCGAUUAAUCGAUUAGGGGAUCAGAUGUUCACUAACGGACAGACGGUGAACCUGCAGGCGGUUAUCAAAGACAACAUCAUUAUUCAGAAACUGUUAGCCCUGAUUGCUGCCGAAAAGGCGAAGGAAAUAGAGGGUACUCCGACAGAGCCGGAGGAGCCAGUUCAGACAGAAGAGACCGGAGUGACAGACCUGACGUUUUUAGCCGGCCUGGUCGGAGUCACUCUUACAGAUAAGCUCUAUAACACCUGGAUUCGCUUGCAGAGUCACGUCAACAUUGUAUUCGACAGCGAUAUGGACAAACUGAUGACUGAAAAGUUUCCUGGCAUUCGUCAGCUUUUGGAGAAGAAGGAGGGUUUGUUUAGAAAGCACAUGAUGGGAAAGCGUGUGGACUUUGCAGCUCGAUCCGUCAUCUGCCCUGACAUGUACAUCGGAACCAACGAGAUCGGAAUACCCAUGGUGUUUGCCACUAAGCUGACGUACCCGCAGCCUGUGACUCCGUGGAACGUGAAGGAGUUACGCCAGGCUGUCCUGAACGGGCCCGACGUCCACCCAGGAGCCUCUAUGGUCAUCAACGAGGACGGCUCACGGACCAUCCUCAGCCGGACCAACUUAACCCAGAGAGAAGCCAUCGCUAAGCAGCUCCUAACGCCCAGCACAGGCCAGCACCGCAUGCCCAUGAAGAUUGUAAAUCGACACAUCAAAAACGGAGACGUGCUUCUUCUGAACCGCCAGCCGACGCUGCACAGGCCGUCCAUCCAGGCUCACUGCGCUCGCAUCCUACCUGGAGAGAAGGUGCUCCGGCUGCAUUAUGCUAACUGCAAAGCCUACAACGCUGACUUCGACGGCGACGAGAUGAACGCGCACUUUCCUCAGAGCGAGCUGGCACGUGCCGAGGCUUACACACUCGUGAGCACGGAUCAGCAGUACCUCGUACCCAAAGACGGGAAGCCCUUGGCUGGACUGAUCCAGGACCACAUGGUGUCGGGCACCAGCAUGACCAUCCGUGGCUGCUUUUUCACACGGGAUCAGUACAUGGAGCUGGUCUAUAGAGGUCUUACUGAUAAAAAGGGCAGGGUCAAGCUGCUCCCCCCUGCUCUUAUUAAACCGCAGAGGCUUUGGGCUGGCAAACAGGUUGUAUCCACACUAUUACUGAAUGUGAUUCCGGAGAAGCACAUCCCUCUGAACCUGACCGGAAAGGCCAAGAUCCCCAGUAAGGCCUGGGAGAAGGAGCCUCCUCGAUCUGUUCCGGGCUAUAAGCCUGAAACCAUGUGUGAAUCUCAGGUGGUUAUUCGUCACGGCGAGCUGCUGGUGGGAGUGCUGGAUAAAGCCCAUUAUGGAAGUUCAGCGUAUGGACUGGUGCACUGCUGCUAUGAACUGUAUGGAGGACAGACCAGUGGCAAGCUGCUCAGCUGUCUGGCUCGACUCUUCACCGCCUACCUGCAGCUCUAUCGCGGUUUUACCAUGGGUGUGGAAGACAUUCUGGUGAAACCUGGAGCUAACAAACGGCGGAAGAAGAUCAUCAACGAGUCGGUUAACUGUGGACACAAGGCACUCGGGGCCGCCUUUAACCUGCCCGCUGCAGCCGGGGAGAGUGAAGGUCGAGACCUGUGGCAGAACGCCCAUCUGAACGUAGACCAGCGCGACUACAACAUGGUGGACCUCAAAUUCAAAGAAGAGGUCAAUCAGGUCAACAACAACAUCAACAAGGUGUGCAUGCCAUUAGGUCUCCAUCGUUCAUUUCCAGAGAAUAAUCUCCAGCUGAUGGUGCAGUCAGGAGCUAAAGGUUCCACCGUCAAUACAAUGCAGAUUUCAUGUUUGUUGGGCCAGAUCGAAUUGGAGGGCCGUCGUCCUCCGCUAAUGCCUUCUGGGAAAUCUCUGCCGUGUUUCCAACCGUAUGACCCGCAGCCUCGUUCUGGAGGCUUCGUGACCGGCAGGUUCUUGACUGGGAUCAAACCUCCUGAGUUCUUUUUUCAUUGUAUGGCUGGUCGUGAAGGUUUGGUGGACACUGCUGUUAAAACAAGUCGUUCUGGCUACCUGCAGAGAUGUGUGAUAAAGCAUCUGGAAGGCCUGGUGGUGCAGUAUGACCUGACUGUGAGGGACAGCGAUGGCAGCGUGGUGCAGUUCCUCUACGGUGAGGACGGCCUGGACAUUCCCAAAACUCAGUUCCUACAGUCUCGCCAGUUCCCUUUCAUCAAAGAGAACUACGAGGUUAUCAGAAAGUCCCAGUGCUUGGACGAAGUUCUGGCUAAACUCGACCCAAACGCAGCUCAAAGUCACUUUAGAGCCAUUAGAAAGUGGAGGGCCAAACAUGCGAAUGUGUCGCCCAGAGAUGGUGCCUUCCUGCUCUUCUCUCAAAAGAAACUGGGACAGAUAAUGGCUGAGAGUGAAGGACUGUCGGGAGAGUCGGUCAACGGUAGAGAUAAUGCUACUCUACAGCUGCUGGAUUUGUGGAGAACUCUGAACGACAGCAAGCGUGCUAAGUAUCUGAAGAAGACGUCACGCUGUCCAGAUCCGUGCCUGGCAGUUAACCGUCCCGACAUCAGUUUUGGUUCCGUGUCUGAAACGUUCGACUCUGUAACUGAAACCUACCUGAGUCAGUACAACAUCAAGCAGGAAACGUACACUGCGGCUGAACUGCUUGACCCGGAAAGAUUAAGGCAGCUGUUGCAGCUGAAGUGGCAGAGGGCGCUGUGCGAACCAGGAGAAGCCGUUGGGUUACUAGCUGCUCAGAGCAUCGGCGAACCCUCCACUCAGAUGACCCUCAACACCUUUCACUUUGCCGGCAGAGGAGAAAUGAACGUCACCCUGGGAAUUCCCAGGUUGCGAGAAAUCCUCAUGAUUGCCAGUUCCAACAUCAAGACCCCCAUGAUGAGCAUUCCUGUAUUAAGCAGCAAAAAAGCCGUGAAGCGAGCGAAGACGCUGCAGAAGAAGCUUUCCCGCGUGUGUCUGUCUGAGGUGUUACGCAAGGUGGACGUGGUGGAGACACUCCGGGUGGAGGCCAAAGGCCAGAAGAAGCGCAUAUUCACCAUCAUGUUCCAGUUCCUUCCUCCAGAGUGCUACCAGCAGGAUAAGUUACUCGCACCCCAGCGCAUCGUCCGCUUCAUGGAGGACCGGUUCUUCCAGUUGCUGCUUGAGGCCAUCAAGAAACUGAGCGCCAAGCUGGCGUCUAUAAAUGCAGUGGACACUCGCAAGGCCACUUCGAAGGACAACGACCAGGAGGAAGGUUCCUCCAACAGACAGGCAGACGAGGGUGAAGACGAGAGCCAGGUAGUGGAUGACGAGGCGGACGAAGGGGAUGCAGACGCCUCUGAUGCCAAGAGAAAGGAGAAGCAAGAAGAGGAGGUUGACUAUGAGAGUGACGAGGGAGAAGAAAGCGGAUAUGAGGAACAAGAGGAGGGGACUGAGGAAGCAGAGAAGGAACUGGGAUCACAGGGGCCGUCUGAGGAGAGCCCUGGAUCCAGUCAAACCUCCAAAUCUGAGACCGAAGACACACAGGACUCGAUGAGGGUCAACAAAGUUCUUCAGAUCAGUUCCAGCAUCGAGGGCUACAAAUAUGACGCCCAGAACGGCCUGUGGUGUGAGGUGACUCUGGUGCUACCGGUCAGCAAAGUGCACUUUGACCUCACCUCGCUUGUGGUGGCUCAGGCCCAGAACGCGGUGAUCAUGGAGACCAAAGGCAUCACGCGCUGCUUACUCAAUGAAGUGACCAACAAGCAGGGCAUCAAGGAGCUCGUCCUGAACACAGAGGGCAUCAACAUGCAGGAGAUGUUUAAGCAUGGAGAUAUUCUCAGCUUGAAUCGUCUGUAUUCUAACGAGAUCCACGCCAUGGCCAACACAUACGGUAUCGAAGUGGCUUUGAGGGUCAUUGAGAAAGAGAUUAAAGAUGUGUUCGCUGUUUAUGGUAUCGAGGUCGACCCCCGGCAUCUCUCUCUCGUGGCGGACUACAUGUGCUUUGAGGGCGUGUACAAGCCCCUUAACCGAUUUGGAAUUCAGUCCAACAGCUCCCCUCUGCAACAGAUGACCUUUGAGACCAGCUAUAAGUUUUUGAAACAGGCCACUAUGCUGGGCUUGAAUGAUAAGUUGAAUUCACCGUCAGCUUGCUUGGUGGUGGGAAAGGUUGUAAAAGGAGGAACUGGACUGUUUGAUCUGAAGCAGCCCUUACAGUGAUAAUGGAAGACGACUAGACCUGCCUGCACAUAUCUCUGUUUUAAACAGGAAAAUACAAAAAUAUUUGGUGUUUAUCUGUUGUGCUUUAAUCUUUAAUAAAUAUUUUAAUAACAAA